AAAAAUAAAAUUUGGGUUUCGACCUUUUUUUUUUCAUUGGCGCCCUUGAGCCGCUUUAAUGGGAUGGUUUUCGUUCUCUCACUCAUUUCCAUUUUGGUUUUUGAGCUGCUUCAGUGGUUGUCAAGGUUAUUGUUGGGUGUGACGGUUUAGGCUGCUCACAAUCGGAGAUUAUACAGAUUUUCGGUGGUUGUGAAGAUGAAGGUUUUUCAUCUUCGUGCCGCCUGUGAACUUCAAGAAAAUCCACAAUGCUCCCAAGGAUAUCAUACAAUCAAUGCCACAUGAUGCACAUCCCAUGGGCGUGCUUGUUAAUGCCAUGAGUGCUCUUACUGUUUUUCAUACUGAUGCAAAUCCUGCACUCAGAGAUGUAUAUUUUUACCAGCUCAAGGAAUUCAGUUCAAACGAUGCUCUUGAACUUUUCAAUCUCAUUGCCUUUGACCAAAGUGAUCAUAGGAUGGAGUUCAAUGAGCUAUCACAGAGGGUGGUCGAUUACGCUCAUGGCAUUCCAUUACUUGUUAAAGUUUUAGCUCGGCUUCUUUGUGGAAGAAACAAGGAAGUAUGGGAAAGUCAGUUAAACAAGCUUAAGAAAAUGUCUGUUAAAAAUGGGUAACUGAAAGAUGAUGGUCUAGAUCGCAAAGAGAAACA